GAUUCGAAACCACGUGGGGUGAUCAGUUGAUGACCCGCCAUUGUACCGGACGGCAACGCUAAGUACUUCUGUGAAAAUUGUCAUUCCAUCACAGUCUUUCACCUCUAAAACUAAAACUUAACCAUGGCUGAUGAAGAUGUUACAGCUCUUGUUAUUGACAAUGGGUCUGGGAUGUGUAAAGCAGGUUUUGCUGGAGACGACGCACCCCGGGCGGUCUUUCCCUCCAUCGUUGGAAGACCGCGCCAUCAGGGUGUGAUGGUGGGAAUGGGACAGAAGGAUAGCUACGUGGGAGAUGAAGCCCAGUGUAAGAGGGGCAUCUUAACCCUUAAGUAUCCCAUAGAACAUGGCAUUGUCACCAACUGGGAUGACAUGGAGAAGAUCUGGCAUCACACCUUCUACAAUGAGCUCCGUGUGGCCCCUGAGGAGCACCCAGCCCUUCUAACUGAGGCCCCUCUCAACCCUAAGGCUAACAGAGAAAAAAUGACCCAAAUAAUGUUUGAAACCUUCAACUCGCCUGCUAUGUAUGUGGGCAUCCAGGCCGUAUUGUCACUGUAUGCGUCUGGCCGCACCACUGGGAUCGUCAUGGAUUCAGGUGAUGGAGUGAGCCACACUGUGCCCAUUUAUGAGGGGUAUGCCCUUCCCCAUGCCAUAAUCAGGCUGGAUCUGGCAGGGCGGGAUCUUACUGACUACCUGAUGAAGAUCCUGACAGAACGCGGCUACUCCUUCACCACGACUGCUGAGAGAGAGAUUGUACGUGACAUCAAGGAGAAGCUGUGUUACGUGGCACUUGACUUUGAGCAAGAGAUGGCCACAGCUGCGGCCUCCUCAUCUCUGGAGAAGAGCUAUGAGCUGCCCGACGGUCAGGUGAUCACUAUCGGUAAUGAGAGAUUCAGGUGUCCAGAGGCCAUGUUCCAGCCUUCCUUCUUGGGUAUGGAAUCUGCAGGUAUCCAUGAGACCACGUACAACUCCAUCAUGAAGUGUGAUGUGGAUAUCAGGAAGGAUUUGUAUGGCAACACUGUGCUCUCAGGUGGAACCAGUAUGUACCCUGGCAUUGCUGACCGCAUGCAGAAGGAGAUCACAGCCUUAGCCCCAGCUACCAUGAAGAUUAAAAUCAUUGCUCCCCCGGAGAGGAAGUACUCUGUUUGGAUUGGUGGCUCCAUCCUGGCCUCUCUGUCCACAUUCCAGCAAAUGUGGAUCAGUAAGCCCGAGUAUGAUGAGUGUGGACCAAGCAUUGUGCAUCGCAAGUGCUUCUAACACUGCCCUUUUUUUCUGAAUCAAACAUUCAAAGAACCGCCUGUUGUUUCUAAUACCUCUUAUGUGGAUUCCACCUUGACAAGUCUAUAUCAUUUUACUGCAGUGAGUCGGUACUGCAUGUAACUGCCAAUCCUUGCCCAGUAAAGGUUGUUUUUUUUUUUU